AUGGCCAAGUUCCUCAUAGCAGAGGCGGAGCUCGUUGCUAUCUUCACCGAGAGUAUUACCUAUGGCAUCCAUAUCUCAACAUUCACGACAUGCAUGUGGACGCUGUUGCGCAGGCCGAAGGGCUUGGAACGACAUGUAAAUGUGACGCUGCUCUUGUUCUCUAUCACACUCUUUAUCCUCGGCACACUGGACAUCGCUUUCAAUUUCUAUCGCAAUCUAACCGCCUUCAUCUUCUACACGGGACCUGGUGGAGCCAGUCACGUCUUUGAAGAGCUUUCGAAUUGGGUGAAUGCUGCAAGGAGCGCCUUUAACGUAUUCGCCUUCGUCGUCGCAGAUGCAAUCCAGGUUUAUCGCCUCUGGAUUGUAUACUCCCGCAACUGGAGAGUAGCCUUCCCUCCCCUGUUCUUAUGGCUUGCUGGAAUGUCGUGUGGUAUAUCGGUGGUAUACUACGGCGCUACACUCAAUCUGCUCACGGAUUUGUCCGGAGCGACAAUUCUUGACAACUUCCUCGACGCCUUCCUCGUUCUAUCAGUGAGUGUUAACGUUAUUACCACAGGUUUGACACUGUAUCGUAUCUUGAUGAUCCACCGGUCGACCUCGCGUUAUUUCCCCAACAAUUCGGGGAGCACCGUGCGAGCCACCGUGACGUGGACACAGCUCUUCCGGAUCCUGAUCGAGUCUGCUCUCCUCUAUACCGUUAUUUCAAUCAUCUUCUUGAUUGUAAACUUGACGGGCAAUAACGCGGUAUACUGCGUCUCGGACAUGAGCUUGCAGAUUGCGGGUAUACAAUUCGACCUGAUCAUCGUACGCGUAGGGAUGGGAAUUACCAUGGAGCAGGAGCAUACGAGGCUUGAGAGCAUGAACUUCCGGAUGCAACGGACGAGCACUGCUCGAACGGACCAUGGCCUCGAUGUACCUGUUGUGAUAACCCAGAGCACCACGACGACAACAAGGACGGGAGAAGAGAGCGACCGGAAGAGCGUGAAGGCCGGUAGUUUCCCCCACGAGGGAUCGGAUGCAGUUUGA